AUGGGUCGUCUUCACUCCAAGGGAAAGGGCAUUUCUGCCUCCGCCAUCCCCUACUCCCGCAACCCCCCCGCCUGGCUCAAGACCACCCCCGAGCAGGUCGUUGAUCAGAUUUGCAAGCUCGCCAAGAAGGGUGCUACCCCCUCCCAGAUCGGUGUCAUCCUCCGUGACUCCCACGGCGUUGCCCAGACCAAGGUCGUUACUGGCAACAAGAUCCUCCGUAUCCUCAAGAGCAACGGCCUUGCCCCCGCUCUUCCUGAGGAUCUCUUCUCCCUGAUCAAGAAGGCUGUCGCUGUCCGCAAGCACCUUGAGCGCAACCGCAAGGACAAGGACGGCAAGUUCCGCCUUAUUCUCAUCGAGUCCCGUAUCCACCGUUUGGCCCGUUACUACAAGACCGUCGGUGUCCUCCCCCCCACCUGGAAGUACGAGUCCUCUACUGCCAGCACCCUCGUCGGUUAA